AUGCUUAAAUGGCAACGCACGCAAAAAAUUAUGGCGCUUGUACCUCCCGCAAAAGCACCCUCCGAUGACAGCAGCACAUCUGAAGAUGAAGUUAUAAUCAAUAAUUACACAAAACCGAAAAAACAACAAUCAUCUGACUCAGAACACAACUACGAAACAUCUGAACCACGUUCUUAUCCCUCUGAAAUUGAUGACUUAAGCUUAGAUUCACAUUCCGAAGAUGAGAUUCCUGCGACGCCAUCACCUAGGCCACUACAGCUACAAAAUGAAAGCAAGUCAUACUUACCCAAUUCCAAAGAAAAUUCUCGUCCGACGACGCCUCCAUCGCCAACUCCGCCUCAACAAAAUGAUUGCAACAUACCUGAAGUACCAUGUUCUGAAGUCCAAACUCCGAUUUCGUCUGCGUCGAUGCCACAAGAUAUAAUGAAUGAUUCCAUACUCCACAUACCAACAAUUCCCUUGUCUCCUUUAAUUAACCAAAUGUUUUCACCAGGCCCGUCAAAUCAGCCGCUCCCAUUCACACUGAAUUCGGUCUCAUCAGUAUUAUCACCUAACAUGUCUCCAGCAGCACCUAAUACACGUUCAAAGCGACGACAGAACACAAAACCUAAACACCCAGCGGCAAAAAAAGUAAAGAAGUUUGUAAGAAAACCUCUAUCAUUCAAAUUCAGAGCAGGAAAACUACAGUACGCAGCUAUAUUUGAACCACCGAAACACGAUUUCUCACCCGAUCCACAUCAUUCAAUCUUAGAUUAUUUCACUGACUUUUUUUUCAAAUGA